AUGGCAGAUUUGAGGUCUUUUUCGAGGGACAAUCGAGAGGAAGAUGAGGAAGAUUUUGAGCCUUUGAUUCCAGGAUUGCCCGAUGAGGUAGCAGAAUUGUGCCUUCUUUACCUUCCUUAUCCAUACCAAGCUUUGGUACGUUCGGUUUCUUCAUCAUGGAACAGAGCAACAACAGACCCUUAUUUUCUCCUCUCCAAGAAGUCUCUAUCCCUUUCUUUGCCCUAUAUUUUUGUUUUCGCUUUUCAUAAAUCAACGGGUAGGAUUCAAUGGCAAGCUUUAGACCCUCGAUCUGGCCGUUGGUUUGUUUUACCUCCCGUGCCUUGCCCAAAGACUGUUUCUCCAGCAGCGUUUGCAUGCACCUCAUUGCCACGUCAAGGGAAGCUGUUGGUUUUGGGUGGGAUGCGGUCAGACACAAAGACUGCAAUGGACACUACCUUUAUCUACAGUUCAUCAACAAACCAAUGGUCCACAGGCCCCCCUAUGUCGACCGCACGAUCCUUUUUCGCUGCCGGGAAUGCCAACGGGAAGAUCAUAGCCGUUGGAGGUAGCGUGUCUAGGAUUCGCGAUUCAAUCACAGCCGUUGAAUGUUACAACUCAGAGAACGGGAAGUGGGGCCCAGCUGCUAAAAUGCGCACGGGACUGGCCAGGUACGAUUCGGCUGUGGUGGGGAACAAAAUGUAUGUAACGGAAGGGUGGACGUGGCCCUUCGCGCGUUCACCUAGGGCAGGGAUCUACGACGCUGAAAAGGACGCGUGGCAAGAGAUGAGUUGUGGGAUGAGAGAGGGGUGGACGGGAUUGAGCGUGGUGCUUUAUGGUAGGCUGUUUGUGAUACCAGAACACGGUGACUGUCCAAUGAAAGUGUACGACCCUGAUCUCGACACGUGGCAGCGCGUGGGUGGGGACAGGUUCCCUAGGGAGGCAAUGCAGAGGCCGUUAGCCGUGAACGGCGUGGAAGGGAAAGUAUACGUGGCGUCGUGUGGGUUGAACGUGGCAAUGGGGAAUGUUUUUGAAGGAGACAGUGGGGAAUUCAGUGUGAAAUGGCAAGUUGUGGUUGCUCCAAAAGCUUUCCAAGACUUCUCUCCUUCGAAUUGUCAGGUGCUUUAUGCCUAA